ACAAGACUUUCUCGCGAAAUCAUGGAGGUCCUGCCGUGUCCUGUCAAUGUGGACUUCAGCAACACCCGAGCUGGAAACGAGACGGACGAAUUGGACGGUGCCUGUCAGGCGUUGGCGAAGAGGCUGGAGGUUGAACUCAGAAGGGCUAAACACGCCCAGCUGGCUUGCGGCGAGGUUCUGCUACCUGCCGAUUUGCUGCCCAAGAUAGCCAAAGAUGUACUUACGAUGGCAGAGAAUGAGCCCUGCGGCCUUCGAGGCUGUACGUUGUUCAUCAGCUUCGAAACGGACAGCAUGUGCCGCAAACUGUCGAGAAUACAGUGCGAUCCCAGUACUGUGUCGACAUUCGAGCUCUAUCUCACGUUGAAACAGGACCACACGUCCUGGCAUAUGCUGCUGCCUCAAUUCUUAAAAAAUCUCACACGUGGCGGUACCAUCAUGAUCAGUAGGGAUUUUACUUUGCAAAAAAAGAAACUCUACAGGUCUUUCCAGCAAUCUCAUUGAAGUAUCUCGGGAUCACAUACCGGAGUUUUGCACAUUGUAACGAUCAUCCGUUUUGCCUAAACGGGUGCGGCCAUUUUUGUCAGUUAAUUGCCCUAUAGGCGUUGGCCAAAUUCAUACAAUAUCGAAGACCAGGAAAGAAAAAAAAACUAAGACGGCGGAAACAGAGGACCUGAGGUUAGAUUUCGUCGUUGUAAUGGCACACUGUAAAAUUUGCGUAUCAUGGUCGCGAUCAUGCGAGGUGUUGCAUUUAACCCUUUAACUUGGAAAUUACAUUUGAAUUUUCUAUAUAAAUGACACAUUUCACUUACA